UCCAGAUUUGUCUCGCGAAGUCCCCCUCCUUCUUUAUCUUCACCUGGGGUACACCGGAUCUCACCCCACUAAAUUCCUUUACUUUGUCGGUAGCGGAAUCUAUCAGUGUCGAUGUGGUCCUAGGACUCAUGAAGAAAGAACUGUCGCCGACUUGAACACUAUCGUCAACAUCGUGCUGCCUCAUUGUCCGCUCCGCCCCGCUUAACACUUUGACUAUACCCCGGCCACAUUUGAACCUCGUUUCAAAUACGCGCAAAGAUGUCCGACACUCUUUCUGAUGCGGAAAAGAUCCGCAACAAGCGCCUUGCGAAGCUUCAAAACCCAGCCGCAUCUCCUCGUCCUUCCGCUAGCGACCCUCCUAAUUCACCGCCGACAUCGUCGAACCCUUCUCGAGCACAGUCACCGUCGCCGUCGCUGUCGUCACUAAACCAGUUUGAUGGGGCCACGGACAGUCCGCCGUCGACUACACAGACCUCGCAGCAGCCGGAAGGAAAGCGGAUUAAGAUUACACCAACUACUUCAGCCUCGGUUCCUGAACGACCGCGCUCUACUGGCCCGUCUUCUGCCCAAACCAAUUCACCUGCGAGACCUAUACCACAGCGCAUUGAGGAUUUUGAGCAUCAGGUUCUGGGAAAUCUGUUCAACAUCACCCUGAAGGAGGGUGCACUUGAGACAAAUAGCCCCCGGAUCUUCCUCCCGGGAUUGCAAAGUGAGCUGCAGGAUGAAGGCAAGGAAUUGCGUCUGCACACUGGGAUAUUGGACCAAGCAAUCCUGGAAGCCGCGUCAAAAGCGGAGAAGCAAGGUCCGCUCGAUUACUUGCUUCCCUGCUGGAGCCGGAUUCAGGAGAGAAUGAAGAAGCCAGACCCAGAUACGAGAAAGUGGGAUAUAUACGGCGAAGCGAAAAGAUUGUGCCUGAGCUACUGUAUUUUCGCGAUUACAAUGCCAGAGAUGUUUGGAAUUGAAUCCCCCGGGGAAUCUCCAUUGGCUCGGCAGUUACUGCUGAGUCCUGAUGAUAAUUCGAGGAGAGGAAUCACUCCUGAAUUCCUCAAGGAAGUAAGCUUGAAAUUCGAUGAAGAUGACAGUAUCAAACCUGCUUUGAUUUCUGCGGUUGAAGACCUCAGCGCCCAGCUGUCGUCUAUGGAUGCUAAUGGGGCCUUUCAGCCAUAUUUGAUGGCUUUGAGAAACCUCGUCGAUAAUAAGAUCAUUGCUGCGGCUAUCACUGAGUCUUCGAUAUUCAAUGCUUCCAAAGAUCCAGCUCAAUUCGAGAAGACGACCCUGCUAGGACCAUGGUUCCGGCUCUCUCCCCUGCAGCCCAGCGCGACAAUGUCGUACUUUUCCAACCCCAAGUCGAGAGACCAUGGAUUCAUUUUGAACUCGCAGAGCUCCCUCCGCAUGAUGCAGAAUAUGAUCCAGUGGGACCUCGACUACAUUACAGGCAAGAUUCUUCAUGCAUCCACAGAGGCCAAGAACCGAUUUCUGGAUUGGGUUGCAACCGCUUUGAAUAUCAACCACAAAAGACGUGCCAUGCAAGUUGAUCCGGAACAGGUUGCAUCCGAUGGUUUCAUGUUCAACCUGACGUCGACUCUGGACAAACUUUGCGUUCCCAUCAUGAACAUUGACUUCCGCAAAAUCCACACUUUCCAUGCAGAGUAUUUCCAAAAGAACCCUCGGAUCGAUAUGCGAGAUGAGACAAAAAUUAAUGCCGAUCAGCAUGCCUCUGAUGCAUUCUAUGCCAAGAAAUUGGAAGGCGCUUCUAAUUUCAACAGCGAGCUCUUUUUCCUGACGAUCGCUGCACACCACUAUGGCAGUGAAUCGCUGACCUCAAGGCUGGAUCAACUUGACAAAGAUCUGAAGCAUAUGGAAUCAACAAUCGUCAAACUUGAAGCCGAACGGGUGAAGUGGUCUGCAAAUCCCAUGCAACUACGCGUUUAUGAAAACGCGCUCAAGAAAUACCGUGAUAAGUUUGAUCUGGGUCUGGCAUUGAAGUACAGCCUCCAGGCUGUGCUUUUCGACGAACAAUGGCAAGUUCGCUCAAUAGAGGUCAUUCGACACAUUGCUGCCUGGCUCUUGAGAGUUGCAUCUGGAGUGAAUUACCCAGAAGAGAAGAUCGGCCUGCCUCUUCCGCAACAGCAACCUGAGGUGUUCCAAAAUCUUCCCGAGUAUUUCCUGGAUGUCAUCAUCAGUAAUUUCAAGUUUGUCAGCUGGGCUAUGCCUCAGACUAUCACCGCUGGCCUGGGCGAUGAGCUGGUGAUGCUGUGCAUCACAUUCCUGGAGAGCUCGAGUUACAUCAAAAACCCAUAUCUCAAGGCCGGUCUUGUUUCCAUGCUCUAUCGAGGGACACUAAACCGCCCUGGUGGCCAACGCGGCGUUCUAGUUGAUCUGCUCAACUCCAUGCCUUUCGCCAAUGAGUACCUUCUGCAUGCGGUGAUGAGGUUCUACAUUGAGGCGGAGCACACUGGCGCGCACACUCAGUUCUUUGACAAGUUCAAUAUUCGGUAUGAGAUUUUCCAGAUCAUCAAAUGCAUCUGGCCGAAUACCUUGUAUCGGAAGAAGUUGUCCUACCAAGCCACGCAGAACCAGGACUUCUUCGUUCAGUUUGUCAACCUCCUGCUGAAUGAUGUGACGUACGUGCUUGACGAGUCGUUUGGCGCCUUCAAGACCAUCCGUAACAUCCAGGAAGAACUUAGACGUGAUGGCGAUUCGAUGGACCCCACUACUCGGCAGGAACGCGAGGAACACUUGGCGACCACGCAGCGCAGUGCCAAAUCCUACAUGCAGCUGACCAAUGAGACAAUGGGCAUGCUCAAGCUCUUCACUUCCGCCCUGGCCGAUUCGUUCACCAUGCCGGAGAUUGUCCAGCGGUUAGCUGAUAUGUUGAAUUACAAUCUCGACGCCAUGGCCGGACCCAAGAGCUCCCAGCUCAAGGUGGAGGGCAAUGUGCAGCUGAUGGUAGAGAAAUAUGGCUUUGACCCGAAGGUAGUUCUCAGUGAGAUAGCGAAGAUCUACCUCAACCUCAUGAACAAGCAAAACUUCAUCACAGCCAUUGCUCGCGAUGGACGUUCAUACAGACCGGAGCUUUUUAAACAAGCCGCCGAUCUCCUACGACAGCAUAAAUUGACACCAGAUGAGGAUUUGCGGCGCUGGGAUCGGCUGCGCAAACUGGCCCAAGAAGCCAAGGAGGCUGAUGAACAAGCCGAGGAGGACUUGGGCGAGAUUCCGGACGAAUUCCUGGAUCCUCUCAUGUACACUCUUAUGGAAGACCCCGUUAUUCUGCCAAGCUCGAAGCUUUCCAUCGAUCGAUCGACUAUCCGCUCGCACCUUCUCAGCGAUCCUCAUGAUCCUUUCAACCGCGUGCCCCUGAAAAUAGAAGACGUGUUACCUGAUACCGAGCUGAAAGCUAAGAUCGAGGCAUUCAAGGCAGAGCGACGGGGCAGGAAAGAACCAGCAGCUGAGCAGAUGGACACGUCUACCGACUAAGUUACACAAAAUCCGAGGCUUUCAUGCGCUCAUCGUGUUCCACUCUGCCCCCCCUGACAUACAUAGAACUGGCUAGGAGGUGAUAGAUCGUGUAGCUUAAUCAUGACCGCUUGCCUGAUUCGGCGAGUUACAUCACGCUCCCGUGGAUCAAUUUAAACUUUCC